AUAGUAUUAAAUUCUAUGCAUCGUUAUCAGCCUAGGAUUCAUCUAGUAAGGUUAAGCCAUGGACAAAAUAUUCCAACUACGCCAAAAGAAUUAGCUGACCUCGACCAUAAAACCUUUGUUUUCCCGGAAACAGUUUUCACGGCAGUGACAGCUUAUCAAAAUCAAUUGAUUACAAAAUUAAAAAUUGAUUCAAAUCCAUUUGCAAAAGGCUUUCGUGAUUCUUCAAGACUGACCGAUUUCGAUAGAGAUCCUAUGGAUGCUUUAUUACUAGAGCAACACUUACGAUCACCUCUUCGUUUGUUUCCUGACCCUUUAAUAACACAAUUUACCCAGCAAGAUGCUGAUGCAGCGUCAAUGGCAAUUUUAGAAAAAGCUAGGCAACAUUUGCAAAUGUGGGGUAGAUCACCAUAUACUGAAUUGUUGCUGCCUCAAAUGUAUGCAGCACAACGACCUAACAUGGCGGCUUUGAAUUUGGGACUAUGGCAGCAACAAUGGCCGCAAUUAUCUGCUGGAUUUUUAGCGGCAAAUGCUGCAGCCAGUAUAUCUAAUCCAAGAACUCCACCACCACCGCCUACAGUAUCGACACCAUCAAGUUCCGGAUCUCCAUCACCGGAUAUAAGAGCUAAACAUUUUCAAAGAUUCAGUCCUUAUCAUGUACCCCAACAUCCACCAACACCUAGAAGUCCGCAUAAUUAGUAAAAUUAUAUACUUAAAAAUGCUAUAAUAGUAUUCUGCAUAGUAAAAAAUCAACAAUAUUUGUUGAUGCACAUGUAUUCACUACUUUUUACAUAAUAUGUAAUAUACAUGUUCAUACAUACAAGUUAAUUCAAAAAGAUUUACAAAAAUAUAUAUACCAUUAAUCAGAGCGUCAAAAAUGUGUAAAAUUUUUGUUUCGGAUUAGAUGAGAAAUCUCAAGGGCUUUCAAGUUACAGCAAUUUCUACAAAUUAUCACGAAAUUUCUAUUUAUCCAUAUUUAUUUUGAAGAUAAAGGCUUCAAAAAAAUAGUUUCUGAAAGGCAUAGUAAAGGGCUUAAAAUCAACAUGUUACAUGAUUUUGUAUUUUCUGUGCUUUCGCAGUAUCUAGCAUUCGAACUUUGGAAAAACUUAAAUUUUUUUCUAUUUUAGUUUUUUUAGUUUUCGUUAAGCCGAUGAAUUCGCACGAAAUUUUUUGAAAAUUUGAAUUUUUUUUACAAAAUUUUUUCCAGUAGUUUAACUUUUAAUUUAAGUUCUCAAACGUUAAAAAAUCAUUACUAUGUCAAGACUUUGCCACCACCAUAUCAAGAGAAAGCAUUUGGUUUAUCCUAAAGUUCGAAAGCAUAUAAAAUACAAAACAUGUAACAUUUUGACCCUGAAAUGUUAAAUUAAAAUCAAAAUGUUACUUGAUCAUUUAUGAGGUUUUAACCCUUUUACUAGGCCUUUAAAAAACUGUUUGUUUGAAGACCCUAUUUCUUUUUGGAACGGAAGUUAUAAUCGAAAAAUUUGGACAAAUUUCAUUUCAUAAAAAUUCAUUAAAAUCCAUGUAACUCGGAAAACCUGGUGAUUUCGCACCUAGUCGCGAACAAAAGUUUCGCCCAUUUUCAACCCUUUGAUCAAUGGUGUAUAUUGUUUAAUAUCUUUCUGAAUCACCCUGUAUAUAUAUAUAUGAGUAAAAAUAUUAUUAUGUUUUAAACUGACUAUGGUCAGAGACGACAAUUUUGGAAAACGUUAAAAUUAUUUAGAUGAAUUGUAAAAAACUAUGUAACUACUUGUUGUUUUGCUUUUAGAAGUAUGAUGAUUUAAUUGUAAGGACAUAACGAAGAAUAAAAUUUUAGAUUUUAAGUUGAAAACUAUGUAUAUCUAUGUAUAUGUACCUACACACAAAUUUAUUUAAAAAAUUUUCUAGGGGAACUUACCAUCUAUUUUUAACAACA